GCAUGAGCUAACUACCCUCGCGCCACGUACACUCUCUCUCUCUCUCUCUCUCUCUCAUUCUCUGCUCCUCCUCCUCUCUCCCUGGUCCCUCCUUCCGUGGUAGUUGCACUGUCCUUCCCUCUCUCUCUCUCUCUCUCUCUCUGUGUCCGUGGUGCGUAUUAAACCUCCGAAGCUCCGGCAUUGCUCCAUCUACUGUGCUCCGCCCGUAGCGUGUCCCCAUUUCAGACAUUCCGACCGCUCCGGCACGGCUUCAUUGAUUUGACAUCAUGGCCAUGGGGCAGAUCUUUUCUCGCACCACGCAAGCUCUGUUCUACAACUACAAGCAAUUUCCUAUUCAGCGGAUGCUUGAUUUCGACUUCCUUUGUGGAAGAGAGACACCUUCUGUUGCUGGAAUAAUUAAUCCUGGUUCGGAGGGAUUCCAGAAACUCUUCUUUGGUCAGGAGGAAAUUGCCAUUCCAGUGCAUUCAACCAUUGAAGCAGCCUGUGCUGCACAUCCCAAGGCUGAUGUUUUUAUAAACUUUGCAUCAUUUAGAAGCGCUGCUGCUUCAUCCAUGUCUGCUCUCAAACAACCCACAAUUCGAGUUGUAGCUAUAAUUGCCGAAGGUGUGCCUGAGGCAGAUACCAAGCAAUUAAUUGCCUAUGCUCGAGCCGACAAUAAGGUUGUUAUUGGCCCAGCUACUGUUGGAGGCAUUCAAGCUGGUGCCUUUAAGAUCGGAGACACUGCUGGAACUAUUGACAACAUCAUUCAUAGCAAGUUGUACAGACCGGGCUCUGUUGGUUUUGUCUCUAAAUCUGGAGGUAUGUCUAACGAAAUGUAUAACACCAUAGCUCGUGUGACUGAUGGUAUCUAUGAAGGAAUUGCAAUUGGAGGAGAUGUGUUCCCUGGAUCAACUCUUUCUGACCAUGUUUUGCGAUUUAACAACAUUCCACAGGUUAAAAUGAUAGUUGUACUUGGAGAACUAGGGGGCCGGGAUGAGUAUUCCCUUGUUGAAGCACUAAAACAGGGAAAAGUGAACAAACCGGUUGUUGCUUGGGUUAGUGGAACCUGUGCGCGGCUCUUCAAGUCAGAAGUUCAAUUUGGUCAUGCUGGGGCCAAGAGUGGGGGUGAAAUGGAGUCUGCACAAGCAAAAAAUCAGGCACUAAAGGAGGCUGGCGCAGUUGUUCCUACUUCAUAUGAAACUUUUGAGGCUGUCAUUAAGGAGACAUUUGACAAACUGGUUGAAGAAGGGAAAAUAACACCUGUAAAGGAAGUCACUCCUCCCCAGAUCCCUGAGGAUCUUAACAUCGCAAUUAAGAGUGGCAAAGUUCGGGCGCCCACUCAUAUUAUUUCCACAAUUUCAGACGAUAGAGGCGAGGAGCCAUGCUAUGCUGGUGUCCCUAUGUCUAACAUCAUCGAACGUGGUUACGGUGUGGGGGAUGUGAUUUCUCUUUUGUGGUUCAAACGAAGCCUUCCUCGUUAUUGUACCCAAUUUAUUGAGAUUUGUAUAAUGUUGUGUGCGGACCACGGACCCUGUGUCUCCGGUGCUCACAACACAAUCGUUACUGCAAGAGCUGGAAAGGAUCUAGUCUCCAGCCUUGUCUCAGGUCUGCUAACAAUUGGUCCUCGAUUCGGUGGUGCAAUUGAUGAUGCUGCUCGAUACUUCAAAGAUGCUUAUGACCGAAGUCUAACCCCUUACGAGUUUGUCGAAGGCAUGAAAAAGAAGGGCAUCCGUGUCCCCGGAAUUGGGCACAGGAUUAAGCGGGGAGACAACAGAGAUAAGAGAGUUGAGCUACUGCAGAAGUUUGCUCGUACACAUUUUCCCUCCGUGAAGUACAUGGAAUAUGCUGUCCAAGUUGAGACCUACACACUCUCGAAGGCGAACAACUUGGUUCUCAAUGUAGAUGGUGCAAUUGGUUCCCUCUUCUUGGAUCUUCUCGCGGGCAGUGGAAUGUUCAGCAAGCAAGAGAUCGACGAGAUUGUCGAGAUAGGCUAUCUAAAUGGUCUCUUCGUGCUUGCUCGCUCCAUCGGUCUAAUUGGGCACACAUUUGACCAGAAGAGGCUGAAACAGCCUCUGUACCGACACCCGUGGGAGGAUGUUCUCUACACCAAGUGAAGGACACAUCAAAAACCAUAUCAUGCAACAUGGACAUGAGUGUUUUUCGAAAUCAAAUUCCGCUGUAGCUGUUCUUUGGCACCAAUUAGAUUACUGUUUGUAAUUUGUAAGUUGUUUGGGGAAGUGGCGAGGAACGACAAUCUAGUUGAUGAGUGAUUACACAACUUAUAUUCUUUCCUUUCAUGAUUCAAUUCUGAAAGCACUUUUGUAGUAUAUUGAAUAUCUGCAAUAUUUUUUUUUUAUUCUUAUCAUAACUUUCGUUUC